AUGGCCAAGCCCAAGUUCGCCAUCCUAGAUGACUACCAGGGCAUUGCGCCCGCCCACUUCGCCCACCUCGAGUCCCGGAUCGAGAUCACCAGCUUCCCGGAAACCCUGGACCCCCGCGAUCCCGCCCAGCAAGAGGCGCUCAUCCACCGAUUACAGCCCUACGAUGUCGUCCUCGCCAUGCGGGAGCGCACCCCCUUCGCUGCAAGCACCAUCUCCGCUCUCCCGAACCUAAAGCUGCUCUUGACGACGGGCAUGCGGAACGCCGCGCUCGAUCUGCAGGCCUUCACCAAUGCGGGGGUCUCCGUCGCGGGGACGGAGGGCCGCCCGCCCGGCGUCAACAGCACGGUGCAGCAUACCUGGGCGCUGAUCCUGGGGUCGGCGCGGCACAUCGCGCGCGACGACGCGGCGGUGAAACGCGGCGAGUGGCAGGGGUCACUGGGCAUCAACCUGUCGCGGCGGCGGCUGGGCUUGCUGGGGUUGGGGAAUCUGGGGGCGCAGGUGGGCAAGAUUGCGAUUCAGGCGUUUGGCAUGACGGUCAGCGCGUGGUCUACGAAUCUUACGCAGGAGAAGGCGGAUGAACAGGCGCGGGCGCAGGGGCUCGCGGCGGGCAGUUUCGUGGUGGCGGGGUCGAAGCGGGAGCUCUUUGCGGAGGCGGAUGUCGUCAGCAUCCAUUACGUGCUCUCCGAACGGAGUCGGGGGAUUGUGGGUGCAGAGGAGCUAGGGGCGAUGAAGACUAGUGCGAUCAUUGUCAAUACGUCCCGUGGGCCGUUGAUUGACGAGGAGGCCUUGUUGGAGGUGUUGAAUGCGGGGCGGAUUCGGGGUGCUGCGCUCGAUGUUUUUGAUCCGGAGCCUUUGCCGAAAGACAGCCCAUGGCGGACGACGGCUUGGGGUCAGGAUGGGCGCAGUGAGGUUCUGCUCUCGCCGCAUAUGGGGUAUGGAGAGGAAGACCUAUUGCGUGGGUGGUAUAGAGAGACCGCGGACAAUCUGGAGCGGUGGCUGAACGGCGAGGAGCUGCUGCGCAAGAUGAACUAG